CAGCCACUGGAUUGAGUCUUUACGGUUCUCAUGACGACUUUAAAUACAGCCCCCUUCUUGGUUCUCAACAAUACUCGACGAUCAGCGAAGAGAAUGGCAGAAGUGGUUCCAGCUCCCGACGUGGCGGCUAAAGCCCCGAAGAAGAAGGCCGCCAAAAAAACGAAGAGUGGUCCCAGCAUUAGCGAUCAAAUUUUGGAUAUUCUGUCCGCAUCCAAGGACCGAAAGGGUACGUCUAUCAUCGCCAUUAAAAAGGCUCUGGCUGCCGGUGGCUACGACGUCGACAACAACAAAGGCCGUGUCAAAGUCGCCAUCAAGAGCCUGCUUGAAAAGGGUACGGUUGUUCAAACUAAGGGCUCCGGGGCUUCGGGGUCCUUCAAGCUCGCCAAAAAGGCGACAUCCCAGAAAACCCCUGCGAAAAGCAAGAAGCCUACCGCCAAGAAACCCGCACCCGCCAAAAAACCGAAACUAGCCAAGAAGCCCGCACCUGCCAAGAAGCCCAAGAAGACUACACCGAAAAAGGCUGCAGGUCCUAAGAAAUCACCAAAGAAGACGGCGAAGAAGACUCCAGCGGCUACGAAAACAAAGAGUCCCAAGCCAAAAAAGUCAGCACCCAAGAAAGGUGGACUGCCAAAAAAGAAGGCUGCCAAACCAAAACCUAAGAAGGUGGCAUCCAAGAAGAAGUGAGCUAGAACAUACCCAACAAAAGGCUCUUUUAAGAGCCACCACGUCUCUUAAAGUGCAAAUUCUUUUUAUAACUUUAACUU